AUGAUGAAAAUAAUCCUGUUCUACUGCCUUACUUGUUGCAUUCUUCUGCUGCCUGUUAAUGGCGGAGGUGUCAGCCCCACUGGGAGGUACAAAAGCUGCAUCAACCGCAGUGCCUGCAAACCAGGAGCCUUCACGCUGAGCACAUCCACGGACAGGCAAAUCCGGAGCAACAUAGCCUGUUGUGGAACUGCUGCAUGCAACGAAGAACUGGUUCUAAGUAUGACUCCUGCGAGUUCUACCAAAAACGGGUUGACUUGCCCAGGGUGUGAGAGUUAUAACCGGGGCCCUUGCCAGGCCCAAGAGCGCGUCGAAUGCACCGGAAUCGAAGAAAAGUGCAUUUCCCUUGUUGGGAUAUACUCUGGUUUACCAGAACAAAACUUUUCCAUCAAAGGCUGCGCAACUGAGGGAGCUUGUUCCUUGGAUGUAAAUGACCUUGUGCCCUAUGCAGGAAAACUCUACGUUGUGACUGAGUAUGCAGUUUGCACUGAUGGGCAAACUGAUUAUUAUGGCCCUUCUGCAGCCAUCCAGCUAACUGGGUCCCCCUUUGUAAAUGUUAUCGCUUUCUUGAGUUUCUCUGUGUUUGCAUCCUCACCUGUGUAACAAUCCUAUGUGCCAAGGUCUCAAGAAUUACAAAUAAAAUGUUGUGGUUUUUCUUA